UACUCAAAAUUAUUUUUACUGUACACUAUUGGUAUGUAACCCCAAAAUCUUCCCAAGAAUAACUUCCAAAAAAAAAAAAAUCUUCCCAAGAAAGUGAGAGAAAAUCGACUACAGAGACACCGCGCGGAGCAGAGAACAGAGCCGGACUAGGGUUUUACGGCGCAAGCCCACACCAGGAGACAUGGCGGAUGGGUACUGGAAUCGACAACCGCCUCUGCAUACUUCAGCUGGCAUGCUCAAGCGACAUCAUUCUGAUUAUGAUCUCCCACCUUCUGGGGUGCCUUCAGCUCAUGAGAUGCAUAACUAUUUAGCACGAGAUGAUGAUCAUGGUGGGCCUCGGGUAGUAAAAGACACACAAACUAUUGAAACAGCAUAUGACCGCUAUCUCAAGAAUGCACAACUUCCUUCUUAUACUUCUGGGGAAGAUAAUAAUUUUGGCGGAGUUGCGUUAGGAAGGGCUGUUGGUGGUCGAAGGGCUGCUCUUCCAGAUGCUGAUCCAGUUGUGAUGGGUCGUUCUAGUGUUGCUGUUCCUGAUCUAGCACCAAAUGGUCGAGGCAUGGAUUUUGGUGGCCAGCUCCCAAGGGAUGCAAUGGCCAAGCUGGGUCGUAUAACAGUGCCUCUUCCUCCAGAUGCUUCCAAUACUAUAUAUGUUGAGGGACUUCCUCCCAACAGCACAAAGAGAGAAGUAGCUCAUAUUUUCCGCCCUUUUGUUGGGUAUAAAGAAGUUAGAAUUGUGAGCAAGGAAUCCAAGCAUCGUGGUGGAGACCCUCUUAUUCUUUGUUUUGUGGAUUUCAUAAAUCCAGCAUGUGCGGCAACUGCUUUGAGUGCCUUGCAAGGUUAUAAGAUGGAUGAGCAUGAUCCGGGUUCUUCAUACUUGCGGCUGCAGUUCUCAAAGCACCCAGGUCCAAGGUCUGGCUCUGGUCCUCGUGGAAAGCGGUAAAGUGGCUGAAUGCAAUGUCAAUCCGCUGGUACAUAUCUUCACACACACACACACACACACACACACACACAUAUAUAUUUUCCCCAAAGGUUUCUUUCUAUGGUGUACUGUUAUCAAAAAGGGAAAAAUAGGUGUAUUGUACUUGGAACGUGCAAUUUAGAUUGCUCAACUUUAGCUAUAUACCGUCCGUGAACAGUUUUGUGGAUGUGUGGAAGUUGAAGUGCGGUUGAAAUAAAUUUUAUAGUAAGAUUACGGAAUCAAACAAAUGGAAUUUCCCCAGAUUAUGAAAUGAUUGUUGUAUGAUAAUCUAGUGUGCCGCUAGAUUUUCACAAAGCAACCCUAAAUUUGGUGCUUAUAAAAUAAGUAAUGCUUUGUACA